UAGAAGAAAAGACUUUAAAUAUUCGCUUGCACACAAUACAACAGGUUAUCAAUACAAUAAUCUGUGUGAAUCGACACAGAAACAGGCGAACAAUAAUAAUAAUAAACAGCCCAUUAAAACAACUUUACUGAUCCCAAAGUCUUAUGAAUUGAUUUCUGAUAAUAAUAAUAAUACUAUAAUAAUAACAGUCAUAAUGAUAACUGCAUAGAGUCGAAUAAAUCAAUAAAUUCAGGGAAUAAUAAUAACAUGUUCAGUUUGAAACGAUUAAUCAUUUCAAGUUUGUCACGUAAAACAAAAGUUGCCGAUAGUUGUAACGGUAUCCUACCGAAUAUGCAAAUGACAAGUGAACGAUUCCAACGACUGUCUAUAGCUUCAGAUCGAAGUAAUCCUAUGGAGUCAGGGGAGCAUCAGAUGGAAUCUAGAAGAUAUCUGGGAAAUUCAACAAGUCGAUCAACAAUUGAAAUUCCUAUCUAUUAUUAUCAGCAACAACAAGAGCAACAACGGCAACACCACCACCAACAACAACAACAGACUCCACAACAAUUCCUCUACUCUGGUAGUGAUGGGGAUGGUGAUGAUUCAACGAAAAUCCCGAUGCCUACUGGUUUAAGACCAAUCACUUAUACACAAACUUCCGGUAUAUCGCCACAAAAUCCUUAUUGGUUUAAUUCAAAUGAUGUUAUGACUGAUAGUAUAACUCGUGAAUAUCAAACGUCAUCUUCUUCUGGACAGAAAUCACUCAUUAACUUCAAUACCUCAUUCAUUCAACAACAAGAUUCAACACACCUCCCAGAGGAUUAUUGUGGACAACGUAGACAAUUAUCUGAACCAAAUUCUCGAUUGAAACAUCGUUAUUCACAUUGUUUGUCAACAGAUAUCAAUGGCAAGUGUUGUCCUACACAUCAUAAUCCACAAUAUUAUCAUCAACCUCGUCGCCAUGACAACAUCACUACUAAAAUGAAUAUGACUGGUGGUCAUUUCAGUACUACAGUCUCUUAUACUCCAAGUCUUAUUGAUUUAAGAUGGCCAACAAAGUUUAAAUCUUUGCAUAGAAAAGAUUCGAAUGAACAAUUAUGUGUAAAUAGUUCACCGUAUUCUUUUAUUGAUAAUAAUAAUAAUAAUAGUAAUAAUAAGGAUGGGCAAAACUUUCAGAAUAGUAAUUAUGCAUAUCCCCCGACGACAUUCAAUGUAUGCGAGGCUGGAACAAUGCCUAGUCAUCAAGGCUAUCAUGAUAAAUCAUCACCAAUGGAUCCAUAUUAUACACAAUACCAUGUACAACCUUAUCCAAUUUAUCAUUAUGCCCAUGAACAACAACCUUAUCAAAAUCCCAGUAAUAAUAAUAAUGGCAAUGAUAGUGAAAAGUUAAAAGAAUAUACCCCAUGGAAUCGAAAUGAUACCUCCCCAGGAGCACGUAGUUGUAGCACCUAUGAUAUACCAUUCCCUGUUUAUUAUAAUUAUGACAAUCACAGAAUGAAAGGGAAUUCUACCUUGUCAGUAGAAAAAGAGCAUAUCGUGCCGCUUCCUGUUACUUUAUGUCCUUCUUCUACUUCUAUAAUGACUGCUACUACAACUACUAAUUCAAAUCGUCUUCAAACUGGUUGUGUAAGUGAAGGUUUAACACCUGAUAUAUUGGAUAUACCUAACACGAAUAACAAUAACAAUGACAACAACAACGGGAUGGGGAACGGGAACACCAAUCACGGAAAAUAUAUCCAAUUAUCAAGUAAAUUUGGUAGACGUUUAACUGAAUUUGGUGAGGAUUUAAUCUGUCCUGAAUCGCCUAUACAUGUACAACGAAAAACAGGAAUAACAGGAUUUGAUAAAUAUCGAAAUAUUACAAAAUCAAUAUCGUGUUAUGCUUUAAAACUUUUCACUCAUCAUAGUAAUACUGCUGCUAAUACGAACAAUAAUAAUAAUAAUUCAUGUCAACAGAAGUGUAAAAAACUUUCUGUUGAAUCGACAGGUUUAACAAAAUCUUCUUUUCGAACAAAUGAUAUAGCCUAUGACAGGAAAAUGUUUAAACAACGCACUGAAAGAAAAUCAAGUGAUCGGGUGAAACGGAACUCUUCACAACGUGAUAUUGGAACAUUGAAAGGAUAUCAUCAACAGAUGAAUGAAAGUAAUCUAAUGCCGGACACACUGACAUCGACAAAUAAAACAAGUAUGAGCAAUAAUAAUCACAAUAAUUCAACUAUACAAUAUCGAAACAGUGAUGCUCAAUCAACUGAUCGUGUUAAAUGUUUCAAUUAUCGAAAAGCAAUCAGUAAAACAAGCGGAAUUUAUGGAUUAUUUGAAAAUUUAAAAUCUGAUCAUAAAAUUGAUAAAAAUUCGAAUAUGAUGUAUUUUAGAAACUAUAGUCAUAAUGAAAGAUACUAUUAUGAACUGAAUAAUUCUAUGAUGAAUGCAACAAUUGCGGGGACGGGUACUACAGCGACUACUACUACUACUACUACUACAGGAACAGCAGGAGCAACGACAACAACAACAACAGGGACCACGAUAACACCUAACAUGUGUAAUUUCUUUCGACAGCCAAUAUUCAAGGCGAGUACAGGUGAAUUAUUAAAAUAUUUAUCAUUUUUUAUUGUUUCCCGUAUCCAAUUAAAUUUAAUCGAGAAUUCAAAACGUUUGCAUAAUUCAAAUUCAAAUCUGCAUAAUAUACAACCAUCAAUUAUUGUUGCAUGGAUACGAUCUAUUGAUCGUGCUCUUAUAUUACAAGGUUGGUCUGAAGUAGCUUUUAUCAAUCCUACACAUAUUGUCUUUUUAUAUAUGAUGUUAAAAACAUUCAUUGAAAAUGAUCACAAUAUUCAUACUGAACGGGAAUUACACACAAUCAUUAUGGCUUGUCUUUAUUUAGCCUAUUCAUAUAUUGGUAAUGAGAUUAGCUACCCUCUAAGACCAUUCCUGAUUGCUGAGGCAAAUCAAUUGAUAUCUCAUUCAGAUAGCAAUACUAAAAAGUCUUUGUUGAAUACAACAACAGAGCAUGCUAUAACAUCAGGUUCAGGGACAGGAGCUGGAGCAACGACAGGCACUAAUAUUGAAAGUUGUUUAAAAUCGAAAGUUAUCGAUGAGGUACGUAAUCGUUUUUGGCAAUAUGUAAUACGUGUUGUAAAUGAGAAAUCCUCAGAUAUGCUACGUAUUAACGCUGAUCCAAUGUUAUUUACACAAAUGUUUAAAGAAUUAACCUCUUAUGAGAGUAUCUUUGUACCAAUGAAAUUGCCCACUGUGAAUCGUAAUCAUAAACAAUGA